UGUCUCUUCCAUUCCAUUCCUUCCAGCUCAAAACCUAAUACUCUACUAUUAACCCCUUCCUCCCCACUUGGCUCUCCUGAAUUAUUCUUCUUCUGAAAGAGAAAAAAAAACUUACAUGAACAUCAUUACAUGAUUUGCAUGUAUGAAUGUGCAGUUUUAUCAGUAGAGUUUAACUAGAGAAAGAGAUUUUUUGAAAGCCUGAAGGGGGACAUCUCAUUUUAUUCUAGCCUUGGAUGGCCACGGCGUGGAUGAAGUCGUUACAAUGCAAGUCAAGAGCAGUAGACGACGUCGUCCACCACAAACACAAGGUCCUAACCACCACCACUACCCCCCAUUCGAACCCCAAGAACCACCACCAUCUCAUUCCCAACUCCGGCGGCUGCAGAAAUAGCGUUCAAAGUCUGAAGGACGUGGUGGAAAUGACUAAACAAGCAAAACCCAGAAAGCUAAAGUCCCCACCGGCGGAAUCACCGCAGCCACCACAAACCCCACCGGCUAAAGAUGCAAAAAGAUCGCUUCCAAGAAAGCCCGAACCCGUUUCACACCAACCUGCCACGAGGGGUCGUCCUAGUAGUUCCCGAAUCUCACGCUCCGCUGAGUCGUUCUUCCCCGCUUUGACUGAGCUUCCUGAGGGCCAUCCCUCCCGUAAUGUGGUGGAGAUUAUCUUCCACACAAGUUGGUCGCCCAAGGCAUUUUCGGGUCGGAUCGAGAUGGUGUUCAAGGUCCAGAAUUUGCCCCGGACGGUGACCCGUUUUGAGGAGUAUAGGGAAGUAGCGAAGUCCAGAGCGGAUGCUGCUGGUGGGCUGGGCGUGAAUGGUGGCGGUGAAGAUCACGCUCGGUGUGUUGCGGACGGGAACGAGGUGAUGAGGUUUUAUUGCUUGGGACCCACAAGUAGCAGCGGCGCGUAUGAUGCUGGUGGUUGCGCGUGGGCUUUCAGCGGGGUUAAAGGGGCGGCGAUAUGCACCUUUUCGGGGAGUGGUGGGGCCCAUGAGAGCGCCGGCGGUGGGAGGGGUAGGAGGGCAAUGCUGGUCUGCCGGGUCAUAGCUGGUCGGAUUUGUAAGCAACUCGGAUUUGACUCGUUGGUGGAAGGGCGAGGUGGGUAUGAGUCGGUGAGUGGGGAAAACGGCGAGUUGCUCGUUUUUGAUUCACGUGCGGUAUUGCCCUGUUUUCUUAUCAUCUACAAAUUGUAAAAUAACACGAGAAAGAAGUAAGACCACUUUUGCAAUUUUCACGUCCAAUUUAGUUGUUUGUUUCUUAUAUAUUUGGAAUUUUUCUGUUUUAACCUCUUUUUUUUUUUUUUUCUUAAUCCCCGUUCCCCUUUGUUUGCCCUAUUUUUUCCGCUGCAAUUUUUGGACAUGUAAUUAUUGG